GGAGAAGGGAAAGUUUGGCCCGUGCUUGGGGUUCGGGUGGAGGGCGGGACGGAGGGGCAGGGCCGGGGAGAAGCUCGUGUCGCGGUGCCGCGGAGGCUGAGGCCGGCUCGUGGGCCGGGCUAGGGACCGCGGGACGCGGAGCCGCAGGAGACGACGUCGGCCGCAGCCGCGCGUCCCCGCCUCGGGGCCGCGCUCGACCCGCGCGCCCCGUCGUCGUGCGCCCCAAGGCUGGGCCAGGCGGCUGGUGGGGGGCGGCGGCUGGGCGUGAGGGAGGCGUGCGGCGAGUUGACCCCGAGAGCCCCGUGCGUGAGGGAGCGCCGAGCGAGGCGCUGCCAGCGGCCGUCAUGUCUGAAGACUCGAGCGCCCUGCCCUGGUCCAUCAACAGGGACGACUACGAGCUGCAGGAGGUGAUCGGGAGUGGAGCAACUGCCGUGGUCCAAGCAGCUUACUGUGCUCCCAAAAAGGAGAGAGUGGCCAUCAAACGGAUAAACCUCGAGAAGUGUCAGACUAGCAUGGAUGAACUCCUGAAAGAAAUUCAAGCUAUGAGUCAGUGCCAUCAUCCUAAUAUUGUGUCUUACUACACGUCUUUUGUGGUAAAAGAUGAGCUGUGGCUAGUCAUGAAGCUGCUAAGUGGAGGUUCUGUUCUGGAUAUUAUUAAGCAUAUUGUGGCAAAAGGGGAGCAUAAAAGUGGAGUCCUAGAUGAGCCGACCAUUGCUACAAUCCUUCGAGAAGUCCUGGAGGGAUUGGAAUAUCUGCAUAAGAAUGGGCAGAUUCACAGAGAUGUGAAAGCUGGAAACAUUCUUCUAGGAGAGGACGGCUCGGUGCAGAUCGCAGAUUUUGGUGUGAGUGCUUUUUUAGCUACUGGUGGUGAUAUUACCAGAAAUAAAGUGAGGAAAACAUUUGUUGGCACCCCUUGCUGGAUGGCACCUGAAGUUAUGGAGCAGGUUCGAGGCUAUGAUUUUAAAGCUGAUAUCUGGAGUUUUGGAAUCACAGCGAUUGAACUUGCCACAGGGGCAGCUCCUUAUCAUAAAUAUCCACCAAUGAAGGUUUUGAUGCUGACACUCCAGAAUGAUCCUCCCUCUUUGGAAACUGGCGUUCAAGAUAAAGAAAUGCUGAAAAAAUACGGAAAAUCAUUUAGAAAAAUGAUUUCACUGUGCCUUCAAAAGGAUCCAGAAAAAAGGCCAACAGCGGCAGAACUAUUGAGGCACAAGUUUUUCCAGAAAGCAAAGAAUAAAGAGUUUCUUCAAGAAAAAAUACUACAGAGAGCACCUACCAUUUCUGAAAGAUCUAAAAAGGUUCGGAGAGUACCUGGCUCCAGCGGCCGUCUGCAUAAGACGGAGGAUGGAGGCUGGGAGUGGAGUGAUGACGAAUUUGAUGAGGAAAGUGAGGAAGGGAGAGCAGCAAUUUCCCAACUCAGGUCUCCCCGGGUGAAGGACUCACCGUCAAACUCUGAGCUCUUCUCAGCAGCUGAUCCCAUGGGUACUUUACUCCAAGUUCCAGAACAGAUUUCUGCUCAUCUACCUCAGCCAGCUAGCCAGAUGCCUACACAGCCUGAUCAAGUCUCUUUCCUGCCCCCAGCAGAGCCAGCAAAAACAGCACAGGCUCAGUCUUCAGGAGACCGCUCCCAGGAGACCAAGGUCCCUAUCAGUCUUGUGCUGAGAUUAAGAAAUUCCAAAAAAGAACUAAAUGAUAUUCGAUUUGAAUUCACUCCUGGGAGAGAUACAGCAGAGGGUGUCUCUCAAGAGCUCAUUUCUGCUGGCCUCGUCGAUGGAAGGGACUUAGUAAUAGUGGCAGCUAAUUUGCAGAAAAUUGUGGAAGAACCUCAGUCAAAUCGAUCUGUCACUUUCAAACUGGCAUCCGGUGUUGAAGGUUCAGAUAUUCCUGAUGAUGGCAAACUAAUAGGAUUUGCCCAGCUCAGCAUCAGCUAAACUACAGUUCUGGAAGAGUCAGCCUAAGGAGGUGCCACACAUGCAUAUCUGUUGCUUCUGUUGGCCUGGACCUACAACUGCCAAAGAACCCAGCAACAAACUUCCUGGCUUGGAGCUUUAGAGUUUUUUAUUUAUGUUCUUCUUGCCAUCCUCCCCACCCCUUUUCCCUUAAGAAAAGAAAAGUUGGAUUACCAGUGGCCAGCAUCUCCUCAGAGAGUUCCGUUAGUAGAUACGAUGCUCAUGUCCCCUCUCUUCCACCAUCUGAGAAGCAGCCAGAGUGCCUCAGGGCCCAGGAUGGAAAUCUCUCAGUUCAUUCUUGCCUUACUACAGCGAUGGCCCAAGUGGAUAGUGGAGCUGCAUUGGGCAUCCUCAUCUUGCCUGUUCUCCCACACCUGCCGGGAUUUGAGCAUCUUGGGAUUUCUCUUUAACACUGAAGUAGCAAUUAAAAGUUGAUUGUUCCAGCUGGAGCCCAGAGAAUUUAAUUAGUGUUUUUUCUUUGUACCUGAUAAGAAUUCUAGCAACCUUUGUUAGGAAAAAGCACAGCCUCAGAUGGAGGCAGCCUAAACUCUUGUCUGUUGUGUUCAUGGUGUCUCUCUGCGUGUUUUGCUGAAGCUGUUCUCAGGCACCCCCUUCAUUGCCCCCUCCAGAAAGGGUUGCUAGCCUUAACUUCAGCUGGUGCAAAACAUCUGACAGCAGUCAGACUUCAGCCAUCUGCUCCUUCAAAGUGGAACUGUGGAUUGUUUUUGCAGAAAACAUCAAGCAAUGACUUUUAACUCUUAUCUUGCCAGUGGCAGUUUUUGAACAAGAAAAGGAACUCAUAAGUCAUAGCAUUGGGAAGGUGUUUUCAAUUUUUAAAAAAUUAAACUGAAGAAAAACUGAUCCUUGAUCCUCCUGUGAAGACAUAUUUGCUUGGCCUCUGUGUAAUGAGGAAAUGGGUGUACACAGCUGAGAUUUUUCACAGCAAUAAAGGAGACUCAGCCUGGGUUAGAGGCCUGCCUUCUGCUCCUCUCCUGCACUGACUCCUUGGAGGGGGUCUUCAUUCCCAAGAUGGAACAUGAAACCACACGUGCCGUGACCUUUAGGUUUUAUGAGUACACAGUGUUAAUUUGAUUUUCUACAGAAAUUAUGUAAAUUAUUCUUUAGUUUUAAAAAACACUCAACGCAAUAUGUGAAUAAUCAAUGGGGUUAGUUUUUCUUUUUUUUCCUACUGUUUAAUAGCAUUUGUCUAAUUGCUAAUAAGCCUACCAAGUUAGCCAAAUUUUGUAUAAGAAUGGGACAGUCAGCCUGGCCUUAAAGAGACACGCGAAGAUGGGCCUUGAGCCCUAGAAAGGGAGUAGUUAGUUGCCUUUUGUGGAAUUCCUUGCACCUGCCAUUGUUGUUCUGAUCAACAAGAUUAGGUACCUAAUGUGUUCCCACCCAGCCCCACUUAGUUCUGAGGGUCAGACCAUAGCAUCGCUCAUGCAAGCAGCUCUUACUGAGUUUUUCCCUUGGAGCACAGCUGAAAGCUUUCCCCGUGUCUGACUCCUGUCGCCUUGUGUUUCAGUCAUGGACCUUUUUCACCUGUUAAUGAAUGCAAAGGCAUGUUGGGAAAGGGAUGUUGGAGAGGAAGAGAAGAUGGGUUUGAGAAGGAAGUUAGGAGAACAGAUGAGAUGCCAGAGUCCAAGGUCCCAGCAGAGUGAUUGGUAAAAGGAGGAACCUGCUGAUUCAGGAGGUAGGAACAAAGAAUGACCAGCUUGCUGGAAUAAUCCUGUUUUCUCUCCCUCUGUCCCUCCGUCCCUCCGUCCCUCCGUCCGUCCCUCCCCCCUCUCCCCCUCCCCCCUUCUCUCUCCCUCCUCCUCUCCCUCUCCCCCCACUUUCUCCCUCUCUCCCUCUCCCCCAGUCCUUAAUAGAGGUAGGUUUAUGAGGAAGCAGUGACAGGGAGAUGGGGUUUAGGUAUAGGAAACAGACAGUGUCAUCUCUGGCACAAGACUAAUGGCUUUCUGUAGAAUUUGUUUUGGUUUCAGUAACCUGUCUGAAUUCACUUAAGAGCUCAAGAAGGUGUAACUUCACUCUGUGUAGCUUUUGACUUGGAGGCCAUCCAAUGCCAGACUGGAAGUAAGCAACUGCCCUCUCCUGUUGACGCUCUCCAGACCAUCUUCACCGUUGCCCUGUUGUGGGAGGCAGGCAUGACAGUAAAAGUGGCCUGGGCUUUCUCGUUCAUUUCAUUCUUGGCUUUUCUGGAAAUUAGGAAGUAGGCACCAAGACCCAGGACAGUGUUAACUUCUGCAUGAUGUGUGGUGAAUCCCUCUGCUGGCAUACAGCGAUGUGAGACACCAGUCAAUGGAAACUGCCGAGGUGGGACAGCGUGGGACCGGGGAGCAGUGCCUCCAUCACUAGGUCCUCAAGAUACCCUUGUCCCUGGAGCAGGGACUAACUAUAGCACAAGAUAGUAUGUGCCAACGCUGUUUGUGAAAUGUAUGGUCUUUCUAAAUGAUUAAAGGAAUCGUUUUUUUGUUGUUGUUGUUGUUGUUGCUCUUUGCUUUUUUUUUUCUUUUUGCGAACCAAAUCUUAGAGCCAGCUGAGACUGUUAAAUAAUUUGGAGGAUAGAAUAAUGAUGUACCAAUAAAUGUAAGUUCCUCCUUAUGACAUAUGCUACAUGAUGGAAGGUGUAAAAUAUUACCUCCCCCUCUUCUCUUGACUUUGUAUUUUACUGCAUGUUUCCUUCAUUUUUAAUCAAUAAAGAUAAAAGAAUAAAUUGUCCUUA